AUGUCCGGAAAUCAUAGCCAGAUUGUAGCUCCAUGUGUUGCACAUGCCGAGUUAAACUCUCCUUCCAACAUGGACCUAAACACGAAGAAAACUAUUUCCCAGUCUUUACUGUCUUGUGAAAACGGCGGAGGCCUCAGUGAGAAGCUCCUCCUGAAGCCCGGAGCGGGCCGAUCCCUGCAGACGGAGCGGGUCCCAAGGAGCAGCGUUCUAGAGCGCCUGCAGAGCUUCCUGCCUCGGAUGGCUGAGGCCAACAAGAAGCUGAAGCAGCAGAUGGAGGAGGCUCCUGAAGGACACUUCGACAUCCAGAACGUGGACGAAGCAGAACGGGUCAUAGAGAUGGAUGUAGCUCUGGUGGAGCUGAACGAGUCGGGCAGCGAAUCAGAAGAAGAGGAGGAGACGUCUGGGUCAGAAUCUGAGGAAGACGUCGCUGAGAUCACAGAGAGGAACCUCAAGCUGCCCGGAGACAGGGGGAACAAAAAGGCCAGCAUCCAGGUCCUGGAGCAGGGAGGCGAGUAGGAGAGUGCGCUGCAGAGUUCUGUUGGACGGUUAGAGCAUUGCUCCAGAGUACAGAGUGGCAGCUUUUCAUCAUCUCUACUGGAGUUUUUAUAAACAGAGUCAGAUGAUGGGACUACCUCACCCAGCCUGGCCUGUCACUGAUGGUCAGUGAGUCCUUCCACGAGUUUAGGCCCAAACCCACAAGUUCCUAACUUUGUACUUUUCUGUCAGUUAAAAAAUGAAUGAGAAAAGCAUACAUUGUGGACGCUUCCUCUCAAGAAACUUGACGAUAUCAUAUAGGGACAACAAUCAAUGGUACGCAACAACUCAGGCCCACAGAUGAGCAAGGUGGAGGAGCCGUCAUGCUGUGGGCCUGUUUCUUUUCUCGAAGCCCAGGGAGUCAACUUUGUGCAAUUUUAUGUCAUGUAGUGUGUGGCAGACGAGAGAUCUGUGAUGGGUCUUCAUGGAGUUGUUCAAGAGGACUGUCACCAAAUCGGAACAAAAUCAAGCUUCUUCCAUGACUGUAUCCGUUCAGAGAACAGGGUCCAGUAGAGAGCCUCUGAGCUGACAGACAACGUCAGAGGAAAUCCUGGACUAUGGAGGAUGUGCAGAGGUCGUGUAAAAGCUGGUCACUGGUAAACCUUAUGGACAACUGGUUGCGCAAGGUUUACUUCAACCUUGUGCGAUUUUAUAAGAGAAGGACUGUUCUAUUACAAAAAUGAGUGGCAAUUUCUGUGGAACACAUUUUAUGUAAACAAUGUUCUGCUUAAAGUGCAGUUUCCCCCUAACUUGGUAAAUAUCCUCUAAUUAAAAGUUUGAUUUUUCUAAU